AUGGACACCAAGCGUUUAACCAUCCGCACCCUCGUCUCCGCCCUCACUUCCCCCUCCGACCAAACCCGCCUCGCCGCCCUCCGCCACCUCCACCGCACCUCCAACGAAGACUCCGCAGCCCGCCCCCUCAUCGCCGCCGCCGGUGCUGUCCCCCUCCUCGCCGCAGCCCUCUACUCCGCCUCCCACCCCAUCCAAGACCACGCCGCCGCCACCCUCCUCAACCUCUCCAUCUCGGACCGCCGCCCUCUCCUCUCCUCUCCCGCCCUCCUCCCCGCCCUUGCCCACCUCCUCUCCCGCCACGCCACCUCCUCCGCCGCCUCCUCCGUCCAGGCCGCCGCCGCCACCCUCCACAGCCUCCUAGCUGUCGUUGCCGAAUUCCGCCCGAUCGUCAGCUCAAACCCCGACAUCCUCCACGCCCUCGUCGGCAUAAUCAGUCACCCUGAUUCUCCGACGAGGUCCGUGAAGGACGCCCUCAAAGCGUCAUUCGGCGCAGCACUUUACCCGCCGAGCCGGGUCACGCUGAUCCGGCUGGGCGUUGUUCCGUUCCUCUUCGGCCUGGUGGCGAAGGGGAAGGACGGGAAGAGGAGGAUUGGCAUAAUUGAGGACGCUACUGCGGUGAUCGCGCAGGUUGCGGGGUGCAAAGAGAGCGAGGAGGCGUUUGCGAAGGUUUCGGGGGUUUCCGUGUUGGCCAUGAUGUUGGGUUCGGAGAGUGGGAGUUGUAGUUUGAGGACGAAGGAGAAUGCGGUUGCGGCGCUUUUGAAUUUGGUGAGGUGUGGGAGCGAGAAAGUUGUUGGGGAGGUUAGGGACAAAGUUGGUGCUUUGGAUGGCAUCGCCUACGUGCAGGAACACGGUAGCGCCAAAGGGAAGAGCAAAGCCAUAGCGUUUUUUAAGCUCUUGCUUGAUGGUGAAAUUGCUGAAGAUUUGUAUCCCCUUGACUCAGACUCGGCUUCAAGUUCGAGUUGCAGUGGGUAA